UUCUUUAGCCUUAUCACCCAACUCUGUUUGCAUCCAACACUAUAUAUAUUCCCUCCAAACCCCACACUUUUCUUCCCAUACAAGCAAAAAAACACCAGCAACAAUGGCAUCUCCUUCUACUUUCUCUCCCAUUUCCCUCUCUUCUCUUUUCCUUUUCCUUCUCCUCCUUCCACUUUCAUCAUCUGCAUUGAACCCCGCCAGCGGCCACCUUCCUUUGUCUUCCCCCGCCUUCUCCGCGAAAGGCCAAGCUGAGAAGUUCAUCAGGGCCCUCAACCUGUUCCCAAAGCAUGAUGUUAACAUUCUGUCCCGUAAACCUUCAUUGGAUGCUGAGGCAGAUGCUGGUGUUGAGAUUGUGGAGAAGCAGUUCAAAAUGCCUUUUCUUGACGCCGCUUCCGGUCCUUCCGCUAAAGAUCUUGGUCACCACGCCGGCUACUACCGCCUUCCCCAUUCGGAAGGUGCAAGGUUGUUCUACUUAUUUUUCGAAUCAAGGAUUAACAAGAACGACCCUGUUGUGAUAUGGUUGACCGGAGGGCCGGGAUGUAGCAGUGAACUGGCUCUGUUCUAUGAAAAUGGUCCUUUUCACAUUCAAAACAACUUGUCACUCACUUGGAAUAACUAUGGCUGGGACAAGGCAUCAAACAUUCUUUACGUCGACCAACCUGUUGGAACUGGUUUCAGCUAUACUACAAAUUCGAGUGACAUUCCUCAUGAUGAAGCAGGCGUCAGCAACGACUUAUAUGAUUUUCUGCAGGGAUUUUUCGCUCUACAUCCUGAAUUCGCGAAAAAUGACUUCUACAUCACCGGAGAGUCAUAUGCUGGGCACUAUGUUCCCGCGCUUGCUUCUCGGGUUAACAAAGGAAAUAAAGCAAAGGAAGGGAAUCACAUAAACCUCAAGGGUUUCGCCAUAGGUAAUGGGUUGACCAAUCCGGGAAUCCAGUACAAGGCAUACACUGAUUAUGCACUGCAAAUGAAGUUGAUUACUAAAGCAGACUACGACGCUAUAUCGCAGAUAAUUCCAGACUGUGAAGAGUCAGUGAAGGCUUGCGACGCCUCUAAGAGUGGAGAUGCUUGUGAGGAGUCGUUAAGUAUUUGCAACAGCAUAUUUAGCCAGAUAAUGCAAAGAAAUAGCGGUAUAAAUUACUAUGAUAUUAGGAAGCAAUGUGAGGGGAGCUUGUGCUAUGACUUCUCAAACAUGGAGACAUUCUUGAACAAACAAACGGUUAGGGAUGCCCUAGGAGUUGGGGACAUCGAAUUUGUGUCAUGCAGCUCUGUGGUAUAUGAUGCUAUGCUGAAUGACUGGAUGAGAAAUCUGGAAGUGGGAAUUCCUGCCCUCCUUGAAGAUGGAAUAAAGUUGCUUGUGUAUGCUGGGGAGUAUGAUCUCAUCUGCAAUUGGCUUGGGAAUUCAAAUUGGGCUCAUGCCAUGGAAUGGUCCGGUCAGAAAGCAUUCGUAGCAGCACAAACUGUUCCAUUCAAGGUUGCGGGUGCAGAAGCAGGACUGCUAAAAAGCUAUGGACCUCUAGCUUUCCUCAAGGUUCAUAAUGCUGGUCAUAUGGUUCCAAUGGAUCAACCGGAAGCUGCACUACAGAUGCUUACAAACUGGAUGCAAGGAAAUCUGGCCGUGGCUGAGUCAGCCAAAAGAGUUGCUCCCAAUUGAUAGCUUCAGAUCCUAGCCUGAAAACACUUGGUUUUCAAGAUGGUGUCUGUUGGGCAGGAAUACUUAUGAUAUACUUGUCCAUAGCUAUAGUUACCAUGCUUGCUUUGACAGGCAAAAAAUUUCCCAAUAUAGAGUCCGGGUUUAUACAAAAAACGGUUCACUAUACUAUUUCAUCCUUUUUAA